AAUAUUUGUGCCUACAAACCUUGCUUGAACAAUGCAAAGUGUUUCCUUGGAUAUACGGAUAAGGGGUUUCUUUGCGAAUGCCAGUCUGGUUACACGGGAGAACUCUGCGAAACAGGUAAUUAUGUGGCCAGCAAACGCAGACAUAUUCAGUCCUGCUUUCGCUUGACUGCGCCACAAAGAAUACUUUUCGAGCAGAAACAAACUGCAAAUACGUCUACGUCUACGUCUCUCAUACACGGAAUAGGCAGCUAGUAAACUAGAAACUCACCGUGGCCCGUUGCUUCGAGAUCCUUCGCGAUGGUUAGAAAAACGAAAGUGUAUCCUAUCCAGAAAUAGAGAACAAGUGAAUGUUGCUUGAUAACAAAUAAUCAACGUUGUCAGAGUUAGAAAACAUUUGUGCCCCUCCCCCCCUGGUGGGGGGUUCCUUAGCAAAGUUUUAUCCUGGAAAGCUCCGCCUUGAGGUUAACCUGAGAUCAGGCUCUAUUUUCGUAUCGCUUUGAAAAUAACAUUCCGGCAGGCAAGCCGAAACAAAAAGCGGUAGCCGUUAGAGAGAAUGUAUGAGAACCGCUAAAAUUGGGCCUGAUCUCAGGUUACCUUUAGGUCUAGCUCCUUACCCUUCUAUAUAAUAUUUUUUGAGAGGAAAAGUACCCCUCCCUUAACCAGUACCUUCCAUUGACAAAUGGUACCUCUUUAAAAUACCUAGUUUAGAACUUUGCAUGUAAAUGUACUGUCUUCAAACUGUGAAUAAAUCACAAAACUGGCCACGAAAUUUUCUCGACUUUUUCACAGCCAUAAAAUCCUUCUGUUGGCCCUUUUAGGUCCUUUUACAGACCGAAAUGACACAGAUUUCCCUACCCUCUCAUAUACUUCAACUAGUGAAAUCCUAACCCUUUCAUACACCUGAAGUCUGGAAAAGGUACCCCUUUCGCAAUCAGGGUGAAACUUCCCCUUAAAAGCCAUUAUAGGGGGGACCCCCCGGGAUUUAUGGUUGCUCUUCUCGCAAUGAGUGAAACAAUCAGUCUUCCCUGAAGCAAUCAGCAUGCUACAAAAUUGAUUAUUUUCUUGCGUUGAAUGUCUAGGUUUAUAUACGAUGUACGAGGUUGGUGGCUUGUAUUGUUUUCUUUUCUUUUUUUAGACCUGGACGAAUGCAAGGAUAAAACUCAUCAGUGUGACGUAAAUGCGAACUGUACCAACAUUUCUGGCUCAUAUAACUGCACGUGCAUGCCUGGCUACACAGGAAAUGGGAGCAUUUGUAAUGGUAUAAUUAACUAUACAAGCCUUCACUUCAUUUUUCGGCAAGUAGUUUAGUUUUCUUUGUAACUUAAUAUUUAAAUUUCUACUCCCUCCAGAAAUUGAUGAAUGCAAGGAUGGAAGUCAUGACUGUCACAUAAAUGCGAGCUGUACCAACAUUCCUGGCUCUUACAACUGCACGUGCAGACCUGGCUACCAAGGCAAUGGGAGCAUUUGUAAAGGUAAAACUUGCUGAUAAAUGUCAUAAUAAGACUUAAUUUAUAUUCAUUUCUUGUUUUUUUCGUUUCCUUACUCAGACAUCGAUGAAUGCGAAAAGGGAAGCCAUGAUUGUCACAAAAAUGCGAAUUGUACAAACACAGCUGGCUCUUACAACUGCACAUGUAGGCCUGGGAAAAAGUGCAUUAAAACAGAUGAGUGUAGUAUUAAGCCCAGAAAUAUAAAAUGAUCCAAGUGAAAGUUGGAGGGGAAUAGGGAUUGAUGGCUUAGCGCUUGUUUACAUGGAGGUGGGGGACCCCAGGUAGGUGAGGAGACCCCCUUAAGUGGGGUAACCCGCCUGUCCAUAUAAUUUCUCAUUUUAAUUUGAUCAUAUUAACAUGAUAGGUGGAGUGACCCGCCACAUGUUACCUCACCUAUCUGGGGCCUCCCACCUUCAUGUAAACCGGGCAUUAGUUGGUACUGCGCCUUGGGUGCUAAAUUGACGUUUAGAGAAGGCAACAACUGCUUUAGGCCCUUUAUAGGGUGGAUUUCGACUGUCGCGUAAUUUUUACGUGCGUAUGAGAGGAAAAAUUUAAGUACAUUCGCAAAUGAAAGAGAGGCAAUGUAUGAAGGAUCGCGCAUAAAAGUAUAAGUUGAACCUCGCCCAACUUCACGUUUAAGUGCAACACGGCUUCGUACCUUGUCUCUAUUUUAUUCACGCGAGUAAAAUUUACGUGUGUUUACACGCGCGUGAAAAUUACGCGUCCACCCUUCAUGCAGGUGCGAAAAGAAAGGCCUGAAAAAAAAUUCAGGCUUGUAUCGAAUUCAAACUCUUGACCUCUGCGAUACCGGUGCAGCGCUCUAAACAACAGAGUAAGCAGGCCAACUGGGAGCUGGUCAUUAUAAAAAUAGAUCAUUCCCUGGGUUUAAACCUUUCACAAAAAUAGGUCAUCUCCGAAUUAUCACUUUCAAGAUGAGGCUGAGUGCAAAAUCUUUCGUGUGAAAAGACUUUUAUUUGCAUGAGAAUAAAAAAUCAUUUUCAUAUCGCACUUAGCCUCGCUUGGAAAUAGAGGCUUAGAGCAACUGUUUAUUCGUAAUAUACCCGCAAAAGAUUGCAGGCUUUCUACCUGUAGAGCAGUUUUGGAUUAGUGACUGCAUAUAUGCGAAAGAGGUGGGGAACCUAAACGCAGAGCUCAAGUUCACUAGGAGGAUUCUUGAAGGCAAAUGAACCGCAGUAUUUAGUAAGAAUUGUAGCAAGCAUUCAUGAUAAUAAAUUUAACUGUUUUCAUAUACGAGCCUCUCUAUUGGCGAGUAACUGCGGACGUCGUUUUCGUCGCCCUUUUCCCAUCAAAUCGUCAGCUUUUAAACGAAACCGUCGCAUAUCAAUAGUUGUUCUGCAUGGUAACGCUACUGAGGAGUUCGAGCGACCACGAUGACGGCGAAGGUAACGUGAAAAUAAGAAAAAACAUACACCAGGUUUGACUGAUAAACAAACCUGCAGCGCACUUUUGGCCGAAAUUUCUUGCCAUUUUUGCACGAGUAACGUUGUCAAACUUUAUUGACAUGGCAAUGCGAUCGUACCUAUAGUUCCCGUUCAGACGUAUCCGGGUAUUUUUGAAUCCGCAAAUUUUUAUUUCCGGAUUCAAAAAUUUCCACGUCCACGUGUAUCCGUAUUCAAAUCGAAUUGCCAGUCCACACGUAUCCGGAUUCACUCUCAGUUCGUCAACUAAUUGGCAAAGCGAUCUUCGGCUCUUACAAAAUUUUUAUCACGAAUAUUCUUCAGUAAAUGUUUCAAUGAGAAAAUUGUCCCAUCAAGCGCUAUUUCGCUCGUUUAACUUGUUUCCGGCGUCCAAUCCGCCCGUCCUACAUGGAAAGAAGCUUCAAUAUGUCAAACAGCAGUUUGGCAUAAUUGAAGUGUACAAUAAUCAUAGCUAGGUUUAACUACACACACUUUAUAAGACUUGAAACUGAAGUGCAAGAAGUAAAGAAGCGAUAAUAUUGCGCUGGGCACGGUCUUGAAUAUUCAAGGAAAAGAACUGGGCUCGAUCUUGUGACGUUACUGUAUGGCAAAUAUCCGAAUUUAGCGUCCACACGAUUCCGGAUUUAUAGCAUAAUCAAAAAUUUCCACUCUGAAGAGAGGAUUCAAAAAGUUGCGGUUCACCCGAUACGCGUGGACGGAAGCGGGAUCCGCAAAGAAAAAGUUGCGGAUUCAAAAAUAUCCGGAUACGUGUGGACGAGGGCUUAAUCUCUAAGAUUGUUGUUUCAUCAAUAGCGGUCGUCGCGACUUCGCCCAUAGAGAGUCUCAUAUACCUUUGGCAUGACUAUCUGUGCACAGCUUCGCUGAGUGCCACCUGUUGCUGGUUCGAUGCUCUUUUCCGCGCGCGCUCAUACUAAAGAUAUGAACCAAAGAUUUUUUUUUUAAGGUGGUUUUAAUGCAUCAACUAUUCUUGGCAACGACAGUAGAUACUCGGAGAAUUUAGCGUUGUUUUUGGAGCCCGUGAUCAUUAGCUCAGUCCGCAGUAGGUUUGUGAGGUGUUGGCACGCUAAAGAGGACGGCUGGGCGGCGUCUACGUUCCAUGGCAACUGUGAUGACAAGGGACCCACAGUAACUAUCAUUCAAGUCGGCAGUUUUAUAUUUGGUGGAUACAGUGACGUAACCUGGAAAAGCCCAUCGAGUGAGUACAUGUACUAGGAGAAUCAGGACUUGUUUAUUUUGCUUGCUAACAAUGAAGAACGAUAAAGUAGUACAGCGGCUUUUGGCUUGAUAUUUUUCUGUUUACGUACAAUCAAGGCGAGAAAGUAAUUCCUCAGCGAUCAGAAUUGGCCAUUUUCAUGAUGACGUCACUUGAAUACAACUACCAGAAGUUUGUUUUUCUCUAAUUCACAAUUUAAAUUAAAUUAUCCCGGUCAGGUUUAAAUCUCAUAAGAAUCGAUUUUGAAAUACAUUUUAAAACAAAAGUCAAUGAUAAAAAAGAACCUUGUCUUAGUGUCUUCAUUUUUAACAAUAAUAUAUACUUCCACGAAUCAUGUUAAUUUCAUAUCUUUUGAUAAUGAUGACAUGAAACCAUCGAAACGUCAAUUUACUUUUUUAUCGUUGAUUUGAGGUUUAAACCACAACAUCAAUAAACAAAAUCUUGCAAAAUUUGGUUUCGCCCUCUCCUUACAAAAACCCAUUAAGGGGCCACUCCACAGGAGAGGAUGCCUCUGGUCCCAGCCUAAUUUUACUGAAUUAUCUUUAAAGUUCUCUAACUAUGUACUGAGGACUCUUUUUAAUGAAGCAAAGUGUCGCUUAAGAACUACCCCCCGGGUCACGGUAGUCAGGAGGAUAAAAAGGAAAAUUUUUCCAUUGUAAAAAGCUAAUGUUGUAAUAACAUCCAUGAACAUUCAUGACCAAAAUUACCUUUAAAAGCUAAAUGAAACACGGAAUCAAGUGGUUCAGCCAUGCAGAGGUUGAAAAAAAAAAUGUAUUAGAUGCAUGUGUGAUACCGUCUGUCAUUUGUAUUUUAUGGACUUCAAGUAGGUUUCAGGUUCUGUCAUAAUUCGAUAGAUCUGAAUUUAGUUACGAUUCUAGUUUGCAGAAAUCUCUUUUCAGGACAAAAACCCUGCUCUUUUCUACUAACACUGAGGGAUUCCAGUUUAGGGAGAGCUCCCUUUCUGCUCAUAGUAGUUUGUUACUCCAUUAAAACUGCCUAAUUUUCUAGAAUAAUUUUCUCCUCCCCCACUAAUUUCAAAGUCACUACAGUGUCAUUACUGCACUCAGCAAGACAACAAAUGGAUGUGUGGCUCAUGACACUUUUUUAGGAAUAUUGAAAAAUUUACACAAAUAGAGCAAAUUUUAAAAAUUACAGUAAUGCAUGAGUUGUCUAGGAAUGUUUGUAUGUCAAGCCGGACUUGCACUCACUAUUUUAAACUGAAGUCCGGAUCAUUGAAUAUUCCUAGAAGUUAUUUUUUAUGAGCGCCUUUAGUAAGGUCAGUAAGAAUUGUAAAAUGUCGUUAUUAUCUCCCAGGUCGUUGUUCUUGGGGAUAUUCAAGUAAAGCCUUUAUAUACUCAUUGACCAAUAACAACGGUUCUGGACACGCUGUGUACAAUCCCGUUAAGCUGCGAGUCAAGCCUGAUAGGUACAAGUAUGCUGUAAGAAGGUGUGAUUCAUUUGGACCAAGAUUUGGCAAGGGUGAUAUUCGCAUAUCAAACAACUCUGCUAGUAACCAGUAUUCUUAUACUUAUUGUGGCGAUCACUACCCCCUCCCCCCAGGAUAUUCUUUAUCUGGUUCUAAGUGUACAUUCUAUGCUGGAAGCCACAAAUUCACGCCAACAGAUAUCGAAGUAUUCUAUGAAACAACCACUUAA